GGACAUUUGGCAGAGCCAAUAAAGUCAGUAUAUUAAAAUACGGCGGUCCAAUCCGAGGGUAAGGAGGUUUGCGACUUGUGUAAAUUGCUGUUGAAGAACAAAACAUGAAGGAUUGCGGACAAGAAGAAACUGUAGAUGACGGCUGUCACAUCUGGGGCACCAUGCACAUAGUAUUCCAUAAAGUCUAGAAUGUGCUUUCCCUAAGUGCAGCAGAUGAGCCAGACAACUCAAAGAGGAGGCAAGUGGCGUGACCUGGACCACAGUCUGGGCAGGACUGCAAGAUCAGAGGUCACAACAACAGGCUUUGAAAACCCAGCUGGCACUGCACCUCAGGGGAAACUACCAAUUUUUCUGUUUCCAGCAGAACUAACAUUUUAUGCAGAAGACCAAACCAGCCACAAACAAGUCCUUACACUCUACAACCCCUAUGGAUUUAUUGUCAAAUUUAAGAUUCUUAGCACAGCACCAGCCCGGUACACUGUGGCAGAUGCUGAAGGCUAUGUGAAGCCCAAUUCCUGCAUUGACAUAGUUAUCCGACACAAAGAUAUCAGUGCACGACACUAUGGCGUUGUAGACAAAUUCCGCAUGGAUGUUUUUGAAGAAGAACGCCGUGUUGUGCUGGGUAGGAAAGAAAUCCUUUCCAUCCUACAGCCAGGCAGGAAAGCAAUCAGCACAGGUCAAAAGGAACAACUGAGAAAGGAGUUACAGGGUUGGAGUCCUGCUCACAUGCUCCCACCCCAGCAAGGACGGGCUCCAUCUCCAGCAUUCUUUGUCCUGUAUGUCAUGGUUGGACUUACCUGUGUCACCGUCCUUAUGUUGCCUCUUCAUGAAGAGAAAAGCACUUUAGUUCCUCAGUACCUGCAUGUCACCGUGAUGCAGAAGCUAGUAUGCGCCUAUAUUUUGGGUCUGCUGACUAUGGUUUUCCUCCGAUGACAAGGGUAGCAGAGCCCUCUGGGACCAGAAAGAAGAUGUAGAAACUGGAAGAAAACUGUGAAUAUUUUUGGAUUUCAUAAACAAAGGAUGUGGUCUUUCAUCAGUCAUCUACAGUGUUAACCGGGCCAAAAGCUGAACUCGCAGUAUUUGACUCAAACUCUCAUGCAAAACAGAUUACCAACUUCUUAUGGACCAAAAAGACGUUACAAGUACAGCAGACAGCCAUUUGUGCCUGCUCUUAAAUACUGUAUAUGCUUUACUGCUUCACUCCAGGCAGCUUUAUAUUAGUAGAGCUGAGAAUUAUUGCUGCAUUCCCAGCAGUGCAGACCCAGUAUGUUGUUGCUAAGCUCAUUCUGGUAGCUUUUUAGCUAUGUGUCAUCCUGUCAUGCUAGCGUAAACACUCCAUAAUGUAUGGACAUCAGUCUGGUGAACCAGGUGGCACGCACACUCACUUUUUUCAGGGUACAAAUAUCCCAAAUGUGCACAUGCAUACAGCUACACAGAGGAUGAAUGCUUCAUUCUUUGCAUGCACCAUUUUGAGCCAACUACCCUUGGAGAAUCCUGCCUGUCUUGUGAUUCAUGCCUGUUUGUGAUAUAAACUAUUCAUAUAGCCCUAGAACUGUAGUGGGAUCUGGGCUACGAUCACAAAUCUAGUACUGUGUUAAACUGAAAAUUGGUUAACAUAUCAGAUAAUUACUUUUUAAACAAAUAGUCCUGAUGUGCGGACAUGCUGGUGUGGAAAUGUUUACACCAUAGAGAACCAAACCUGGUUAUCGGGAUUAAUGGGACAGUCCAGGACCUUGUCUGCUGUUACAAGUUAAGGGCCAAAUGAAACUUCUUUUGUUGUAAACUUAAACGAAAUACCCAACAUCUGCAACUCACUUCUUGGUCAGUGGAGAAUAGGCCAGCUGCCACAUUGUGUGGGUGCACUGAGCCUGGACCUCUCCUGUUCUAUCCUGAAAUGUCUAUUGUGCAGUGUUGAAGAAAACAUUAAGCAUUUGCUGUAAUGUUCUGCUGCGGUGGGUUGGCACCCUGCCCGGGAUUGGUUCCUGCCUCGUGUCCUGUGUUGGCUGGGAUUGGCUCCAGCAGACCCCCGUGACCCUGUGUUUGGAUUCAGCGGGUUGGAAAAUGGAUGGAUGGAUGUAAUGUUCUGAAGGGUUCUUCAAUCAUAUUUGUAGAACUUGGGCUUGCUGACUUAUCAGUUUGAAACGUUGGUACAACCAGCUAAAAUCAUCCUGUUAAGCGCAGUCCACAUGUCUGCCACCACCACCACAAGAUGUAGAACGCUGUCUUUUUAUUGUGCUUCAAGCAGCUGAAGCUGUCGUGUUACUUUUGGUUUUUGUAUGUAUUAAUCGCAUCAUUGCACCAGCAGCGGGCUUCAAAGCUGAGCACUUAUUUACAGGACUUGAAGGAGGCAGACUGGUCCAGUCUUACUCAGAGCAAAUGCCUGACAGAUUGAAUUUCUGUUUUUAGGUAAUUUGUUUUUUAAUCAGUUGUACCAUGCUAUUUACUGCACAAUCUGUUUAACAGAUGAACUUUUGUUCAGUCUGCUGUAUGCAGUAGACAACUGCUUCACCUUUACAUAGUUUCUCUUUAUGAUCAAAUAAAGUUAUUUCUGCUUCAUUUGUUUCUGGGUUCAAAUGCAUCUUCAGCCAGACUGCACUUAAUCCAUACGUAGUACUGUACAUAAUCCAGUAGUACUGGAGUAAUGUCAGAAGCUCAGUGUGAUCCAAACGGAAAUAUGUUGGCUCAUACAUUUUUAGAUAUGCUGACACUUAAUGUGAAAAGCACCUACUGUAGUAGUCAUGUUUGUCUGUCUGUCUGCCCACGUAAAACCACUCGGCUCCUUGUGGACUUAUAUUAUUGCAACUUGGCACACUUAUUCUUCAAAGAAAUUAGUCGUGACAGUUCUAUUUUUGUUGAGAUAUUGAGUAGAGCACAUGGUACAUAUUUUAUGAAAUAUCAAAAUCUUCCACUGAGUAGUACUGGCGAAUUUGCAAAUGUGUCUGAAACAUUUUGUGUAUAUUUUAAAAAGAUUUUUCUUUUACUCGUUCAAAAGCCUCUCCUAAUGGCAAAAUACUGAAGCAAACACUUGAUGGGGUGUUGUCAGAUGUAGGUUGGGUUGGAUGACAGAGUAUUACCAUUUAAGAAAGGUACGACUUCAGAUGAGUAUUUAUUUAUUUUUUUUAAUUUAUCACCAUACAAGCUACAGUAAGUACAGCACCAUCCCUUAUUAUACCAGAUUGCAAGGGGAGGUCUAAUUAUAAACUAUCAGUCUGGCUUUUGUCUCUGCUCCAUCCUGUGCUUGCCUUUGUGGCUGUGUGGCAUGUUGCACAAACCUUAAUCACAGCAGCACACUUCUCCUGCUCCUUGAGAUUGAAGCAGGCAAGUGACGUAAUGUUCAUGUCCUUAAAAGUAUACUAAUUAAAGCAACUUAUGCAGAAAUGUAUAAAGAUGGCUCAGUUUUGCUACAGUGACUAAACGUGUACUCAGUUAUUUCUGUUACACUAAAAUCAACCUCACACCUGCAUUAUCUAAAGAUUAUAAUGAUUCAGUAUUUCUCUGACACUGUCAUUUACACAAAGCGACACAACAAUCUGCUAUCGAUCAUGUUCAGAUUCAGACAAAAAUUUUAGCUUGAAAUAUCAGCACGUUUUAAAUCUUUUUUGGUUACUUCUUUGAAAUAUUUUAUAUUUGAUAAAUUUCAAUUACAAUUAGCCACAAACCCUCCAUAUCUAAACAGCUAACAACUGCACAGGAAUCUUCAUCACUUAAGUUGAAAUCUGCUGUCUAUGAAAUCAAUUUCAGCCACAUGAUAUUGUAAAAUGGUAUUUAAAAACAUUUUAUGUAUGCUACUAGUACAUGUAAUUACGUAAUGUUUUCACUGUUGUUUUUUGAAUAUGACUGAUGGUUACAAAAAUAUGUAAUAAACAAAAUUGUGAUAGCAAAA